GCGCGCACGCCCUUUGUAUGGCUCCGCGCCUGCGCAAAGAUUUCGCCGAGUUUGAUGUUCGGCUUGGUUGUUGGAAAUAAACAGGACACAAAAGCUUGAUACUUUUUUUUACAGCUUAAGUUAAAAGACACUGGUCCUCGACUGCUGGAGGAUUUGGGGACAUUUGUUGGGGGGACAGCCAUGGCGGAGGUGGGAGUGAAGGGUAAAAGGACAGGGCUCCCGGGCUUAUGUUGGAAAACCUGCUACUUUCACGUCGUGUUUUGGGUCGUGUCUGUCUGUGGAGAGGAGAAGAGCUUUGUGGUGGAGACGUGGUUGAAGAAUUAUGGCUAUUUACUCCCACAUGACAUCCGGACAUCAGACUUGCGUUCAGAGAAAGCCAUGCAAUCAGCAGUUGCUGCUAUGCAGCGGUUCUAUGGAAUCCCGGUGACUGGGGUACUUGACCAAACAACCUUAGAGUGGAUGAAGAAACCUCGAUGUGGGGUUCCUGAUCACCCUCAACGGAGGAGAAAUAAGCGCUAUGCUCUUACUGGUCAAAAAUGGAGGGACAAAAAAAUCACCUACAGCAUACACAACUUCACCCCGAAGGUAGGCGAGAAGGACACGCAGAGAGCGAUCCGGCAGGCAUUUGAUGUGUGGCAGACAGCAACCCCACUGACCUUCCAGGAAGUGGCCUACUCAGAGAUAAAAAAAGAGGGCAAAGAGGCAGACAUCAUGAUUUUCUUUGCCUCGGGGUUUCACGGUGAUAGUUCUCCAUUCGAUGGCGAAGGAGGUUUUUUAGCUCAUGCUUACUUCCCUGGCCCUGGAAUUGGAGGGGACACACACUUUGAUUCUGAUGAGCCUUGGACGUUAGGCAACGCUAACCAUGAUGGUAAUGACCUAUUCCUGGUGGCAGUUCAUGAGUUGGGCCACGCAUUGGGUCUGGAACAUUCCAAUGACCCAAGUGCAAUCAUGGCACCUUUCUACCAGUACAUGGAGACACAAAACUUCAAACUGCCACUAGAUGACCUUCAAGGCAUACAGAAAAUAUACGGUGUCCCAACUGCAAUGUUGGAGCCAACUCGGUCUCUCCCAACCCUCCCACCACGGCGGACUAAUUCUGACAGGAAAAAUGACCGUCAGUCCCGUCCUCCUCGACCUCCAUAUGGUGAUCGGCCCUCUCCUGGCUACGGAAAACCCAACAUAUGUGAUGGCAAUUUUAACACAGUGGCCUUUUUCAGGAGGGAGAUGUUUGUGUUCAAGGAUCGGUGGUUCUGGCGUUUGCGCAAUAACAAGGUUCAGGAGGGUUACCCCAUGCUGAUUGACCAGUUCUGGAAAGGUCUCCCUUCCCGCAUUGAUGCUGCUUAUGAGAGAUCCGAUGGCAAAUUUGUGUUCUUUAAAGGAGACAGGUACUGGGUAUUUAAGGAAGUGACAGCAGAGCCAGGUUACCCGCACAGCCUAGUGGAGUUGGGCAACUGUUUGCCCCGUGAGGGCAUUGACACAGCACUACGAUGGGAGCCUGUGGGCAAAACCUACUUUUUCAAAGGUGACCAGUACUGGCGCUACAAUGAAGAAAAGCAUACAGCUGAUCCGGGCUAUCCCAAACCCAUAACUGUGUGGAAGGGAAUUCCCGAAGCACCUCAAGGAGCCUUUGUCAGCCGUGAAGGAUUUCACACUUACUUCUACAAAGGAAAGGACUAUUGGAAAUUUGACAACCAGAAGCUAACAGUGGAACCUGGCUACCCGAAGUCUAUCCUUAAGGAUUGGAUGGGUUGUGACCAAACGGAAGCAGAGAAGAACAAGGACAGACACCUCCCCCAUGAUGAUGUUGACAUCAUGGUUGCCAUAAAUGAUGUGCCAAGCACCGUAAAUGCAAUUGCUGUGGUAAUCCCAUGCAUUCUGUCUCUGUGCAUCUUGGUCCUCAUUUACACCAUCUUCCAGUUUAAAAACAAAAGUGUCCCACAACCUGUGACCUACUAUAAACAGCCAGUGCAGGAAUGGGUAUGACAGACUAGGGAACACUGCAAAGUUAAACACUAAAAAUGCUAGUGAGGGCUAACAUGACAAUGUUCAGAAGCACCUACACAACCAGUGCCUGUUUACUGCAUUGUAAUGCGAGAGGUGGGGAUUGAAUCAUUGUCGAGUCCAUGUCCUUCCAUCUGGAACUAAACUUUGAACAAUUUCCUUUUUUUUUUUUUUUUAGCCAAAAGCACAGGUUUGCUAGGCUUUAACUGAUUGGUGGCUUGCAGAGACAGGAGCUUAACCAAUGCUUUGGCCUUACACUGCUACUGUAAAACCUUCUUUCCCAUUCUCUCACAACCUGGGAGUCUGAGGACCACCACAGUGAAUACUAACCAUCAUGAUUCCAAGGAGCACAAGAGGAACGAUGGUCAGAUUUCAGCAAAAGUAUAUUCGUUAUAUGUGCUCAACAUGGACUUGUAAAGGAAUUUAAAAAAUUGUUGGAGAAUAUGUCAGAAGAAUGAAACAAAAAUAAGAGAGUGAUUCUUUGUUAAAGACUUGAAUAACAUAACAUUAUCGGUAGAAAGGCUGUAGAAAAGUAUUCAAAGGUGGCUUUGUGUAUCUUGUAGUCUUUUAUCAUGUCUUGGACAUUACAUUAGUAUAUCUAUAUCUAUCUAUCUAUCUAUCUAUAGAUAGUGAGGUCCAAAGGUCUGAGACCAUAUUGUUUUAUUGUUUUAAAACUGGAAAUACUAGAAGGUUUAAUAAUUUAAAAUAAAGAAUAUUUAAAAUAAAGAAAGUAUUCGAUAUUUUGAGCAUGUUAACUGCUUUAUACAAAAGGGUCAGAUUUUCCUCAUGUCUAAUGUCUUCUAUUGAAGCAUGUGUUCAAACAGCACUCGCACAAAUAUGUGGAGUCUAGUUUGAAAGCAAAACUUCAUGUAAAUAUUUUGAAGAUUCUAAUUUUUAUUCAACUAAUUAUUUAGUUCUUGUCAAUAAUAUGGAAAUUAUUGUAUUAAAAAAAUAUGCAAAAUUGAAUUUUACUAGUGGUCUAAGACUUUUGGACCCCACUGUAUGACCUAGGAAAGAAAUUUGUAUGUGGAAUCAUUAAGGAAAAUGCAAGUACGGAAUCACUUGUGGGUGUUUUUUUUUUUUUUUGAGGGUUUGAAUUGUGUAGUGGGGAGGCAUCAAAAACAGCAUUUAUGCAUAUACUUCCCUUAUGUUAUAUGAUGCUAUUAUUAUGUUAACUACCCGACAAGAUUCUUCAUGAAAGUGAAUUUUUGCAGUCUGUUUCCACACGAGUAUCAUUUGAAAUUUUGCUAACAUGACAUACCGUCGAUUGACCAGCUUAUGAUUCAUUUACACUGAAUAUUAGUAAUUAUUCCAUUUUGUAAUUAUACCGUUUUGAUGCCCUAAACCACCACUAUUUCUUAUACCUGAAUGCAGUGCACAGGCACUAUCAAGUGUCCUUUGGGUGAGUUUUUAUAGAUUUUAUAGAUUUGUUUUUCAUUAAUGUAUAGGUUACUAUCCCUUCAUAUCAGCACUGCUAAUGCAGCUCCCCCAACAAAUAUGCAAAUAUGUUUGACCUGAAACAUUUUAGUGGCUCAAAGUCCCAUUUUUAAUGUGACAUGAAUAUUUUUCCAAAUAUGCUGGAUUUUGCAUGUGGUACUAACUUUGCCACAUCCACAUAACAAACUGUGGGAAGUAUAGGAUGUGGUGAUCAUGUUAACCUUAUCAAAAUAUAUAUAUCUUUUGGUUUUUAUUACUACAUUCUACAACCUUUUUGUAGCCAUGACAUAUUUCUAAGUGUAACCAGGCUCUAUGUGUAACUUUUUAGGAGUACUAAUUUGGUGAGCAUUAUAAAACAUUGCUAAAUCCAAUUCAAUUUAAAUUUGGUGAUAUUAACAUUUAGCAAAAUUCCCAGUUCCUAUCCAGAGUUUUUUUAGAGGCUAAAAUAUUGUAAAGGUGAAAAUACCGUAGCUUCAGGUCUAGGGUUUGAUCCUGAGCUCAGGUUGCUAUCACUGUGGAGUUUUGCAUGUUCCACCCAUGGCACAAUAUUUUUAAAUGGGGUGUCUGGUUUUCUCACCCCUGCCAGUAGAUAGAGAGGCUACAAUAAAUUGCCAGUAAAAGAAUCCAGGGUGUAUUCCCAUUUUGUGCCCAGUGUUAUUGGGAUAGGCUUCAGAGACCCCCAAAGUGUUUAAGCAGUUACUGAAGAAGAAUGAAUCAGCUUCUGCUUAUUUUAAAUUGUGGAUCGUCUUGUUUGUCAUUUUGGUACAUGUUACUCUGAAAGGUUAGCAAAAGAAUUUUUAGUCACAAUGUGUGUCAUUGAUGUGAGAAUGACAUAAAACAUGAGAGAAACUUUUUGAAAAACACUUGAAGCAUAGGUGAAACUGUAUGUAUUGACAAACUCUGUUAAAAUACAGUAAGAAAUACCUCUUUUUUUAGAUUUCUGAUGAGAUAAAGCUUUCCUUUCAUUCUGAAAUCUUUGCGUUUCCUGCAAGCCUAAAAAUAAGGGCAUUUGCCUUUUAAAAAACGAUUUCAGCUAUUUUUAAUUGUUUUAGUCAUUAACAAUUCUUACCAACUAGCUAGUUCUCAAGUAUCACACAAAGGCUACCAACCAGAGAAGGUUAGGGACAGUACUCAAAACACAUCUUCUCAAUCUGCUGCUCAAGCUACGUCAGAUGGCAGCGGAACACACUCAGAACACACUUGAAGGAAAACACUAUAAGCUGAAAAUUUAUGGAGCAAAGUGAUAACUGCCCUGUAUUACAUUCACGAUGACCACUCCUGUGUAGUGUCACUGACUAACAUGGGAGAGUUAUACCAUCUUGUCUCCUGGUCAAACUUUUUGAAUGCUCUACUGUUGUGCCACACUUUGUUGAACUCUUUUUGCAUUUUAUUUCUCUCACAAAUCAUAACUAAUUUACAAUUCAGUGAGGCUUCAAUGGGAGGUUUCAGAUUUGUCUCUUUCUUUUUAUCUUUCUUUCUAGUUUGCAACCCAGAUUCUGUGUAACUAUUUGUUCUAUCUACAGUAGAUACAGCUUAGAUGUGUAUUAGGCUGUGUUACUUCUAUGCCUCCACACUUGAUGUAUUGGCACCAUAUUGCAUCUGGGCAGAUGACAGGUUGUUUUACAUCAUAUGCAGUCCAAGGUCUGUUGUAAAUGGCUUCGGUAGCUGGACAGUAAAGGUUACACUAUCUGGAAGGUUGUAAGCACAGGUCCCAAGAAUUCAAGAGGAAAUGCAACCCUCGACUGCUCAGUUACUGUAUGUGCCUAGAAUAGAAUCUGCCUUACUUGUAAUUGGUUUUACAUAAAAGCAUCUGGUAAUUGAGUAAAUGUAAAUUAUACAUAUUCUGCUAGCAUUAGAUAUGUCUGGGAAGAAAAGUUUUUCUGUUUGUUUGUCUGCCAUAAGAUGUCUUCUAGGCCUUUUUUUGUGCCUCGUCUUAAGUUUUGCCAUGGCCUAGUUAAUUUAAAGGAAUUACAAGGAUACAUUUUUAAAUUAGAAUUUAAUUUCCAUUUCUCCUCUUGGUAGAUGUCUAUCUCUCUAUCACAUAUUUUACUGUUUUUAAAUUUACUUUCAGGGCUUGUCUAUGGGUAGACAAAUGGCACAAAUGCAGUAAAGGCGGGGUCUGCGUUAUUGUCAUACCAUUGUCACUACCUGGUAGUGCCAGUCUGCAAUGUAGCAAGGAGGUGUUCUGUAUUAUGAGUACAGGAAGUCCUAGGCAGGAUUUAUUUAAAUGGAACACACUGUGCUGACCGUCUUUCUCCACUUUGCAUGGUCCGAUGAACUAGCUUUGGGUGUAAAGAAUAAAAAGACAAUAGGAAAAUUUGGUUGAGUUAUAGCACAAAAAUGUGUGUUCCAUGUUUUACAUUUUUUGAUGUCCUUUUAUAAAAUCUCCAGGUACUUUGUAUAUUCUGCAUAAAUAAAACCUUUGGAUUGAUUCAGUUGAUUAUAGGAUGGUCAUGGAAUGAAAACAUAACUGUUUUAGUCUUCUAUUCAUUUACAUUUAUGGCGUUUCGCCGUUGCCCUUAUUCAGAGCGACGUACAAAAUGCUUUAAAGUCUAUAUCAAUGAAUACACUGAUACUGUUUCACUAGUAUAUUACCACCCAACAGAGUCUAAAACUCUGUUGGGUGGUAAUAUAGCACACAGAUAAUCAAUUUUGUAAAUAAACAAGCAGAAAAAAAUAAUAGGUGCAAAAAAAGAAAUAAUAGGUGCUAGUUUUAAGUAUUUCAGGAAAAAAAUAACCCAUCUUCAAACCCGUCAAUAACUUCAAACCCAUCAUUUGAAGGCAGCCAGUGAUUCACUUGUUCGGACAUACAGGGGAAGUCCAUUCCGCCACCCGGGUCCCAAAACAGAGAAGUCUUUAUGCAUACCUACCCUGAGACAUGGUGGGACCAUUAGAUUUUAAGACUGAAAAGGGUCAACACAUACAGUACAUUCAGUCAUUCCCUGUAUGAUAAUUAGGACAACAAGACGCACAAAUAAUAACUUCUGGAUGACAUUUGCUUUUAUAAAUAUGAAUUUCUAUACUGUGUGCUUAAAAAAGACAGAAUGGCCCUUGUCCCAUGCAUUAAUGAAAUACAGGAAGGUAUGAAGGAAUGGAUUUUGAGUCUUCUUUUUUUUUUUUUUGGAAUUCCUGUACUGUAAAAAAAGAACUCAAAAAUAGAAUUGCCUCAGAUUAUUUACUUCAAAUAUGAUAACCAUGUUAACAAAUUGUGGUACCAGCAAUAUAAGUGACUAAUGUGUAUGGUAAAUAAAUGUUAAAGGGGGAUGAAUUCAAAUCUAGACACAAACUUAAGUUAAGCCGAUUACAGAAGAAAGCCGAUACUAUGAGGUCUACAUAAUGUUAUUUUGAUUAACGUGAAAAGAUUUGCAUGGAACUUUAGAGAAGAUAGGCAGAAUAGUACAUAGAAUAGGUAUAAUGAUGUUCAACAACACAAUACUGUUCUCAAUUCUUAUUUGUCAAAAGUUGGUGAAUAAUUAUCUAGAAUUGAAAUCACAUGUUUAUAUUAAUACAUUAAUCCAUUAUUGUUUCUAUUGUUAUUGUUACAUCUUUUUUCAAAAGAACUUGCAUGGACAUAAUUUAAGGCCAAUAAUGAAUGGAUUUUAAAAGAAAAACGUAAUUGUUGACAUAGGAGGCUUAGUGUCAAUACUUUGAAGCAGUUAGUAAUCAUUCCACCAUAGUAGAGGUCUCAAGACAGUGUAUUGUGCUUUACUUUUUUUUUUUUUGUCUUAACAUUCAAUAUAAAUCAAAGAAAGGGAGAAAAGGAGAGGCUGAUGAAAGAACUGUUUCUAUUUGUUAUAAACAUAACUAAUAUCUGGAACAAAUUUUUUCACAGAUUUUUUACAACAAUAAAUCUAACUAUAAAUGGUUUAAAAAAAAAACCUACACUAAUAAAAACAUUGCUGUAACUAAAUUAAUUAAUUAUUUGCAAAGCUUAAAUGAUUACUUGUCUAACACUAUAUCUGAUUUAAUUAAAUCUACAUUUAUCGACUUCUAAAUAUGUACUAACCUACAUUGUAACCAAUUUGCUUAAUAAUCAAUUCUCAAUGUGCAGCUGGGUUUAGUCAUUAUCAAAUAAAAAAAAUCCCCUAUAAACAAUGGACAAAGAUUAUAACGUAUAUGUUAAAAUUCUGUGUGAAUUAUUACCACUCUAAAUUUGUCAAUUAUAUUAUUAAUGACUGACGGACCAUAUGAAUCCAUGAUGCCACUCAUCCCUUUUUCUGUUUUACUCUUGGGUCUUCUGCUAAAACUGGACAUGUCAUUGGAGAUUCAAAUUAUUGCCAGGAGACAUACAUAAUUUUAAAAAAUAUAUGUCUAAUUUCUAUGGGGGGAAAAAUGUUUUAAGUAAAAGCGAAGCCAUGCCAGUACAGGUUUGUUCUGGGAAAUAAUAUGUGUGUAUACACACACACACACAAAGAAAAAAGGGAAUAUGAAUAUUCUCUGCUGAUAUUGCCUCAUUUUACCGUGUGAUGGUGGUACUGGAUGACAGCCACUCUUAACCUCUACCUGCUGUUGCCUUUGGUUUCUAUACUCCUUUUAACAGACUAACAAUAAACAAAGAGGGCAAACAAACAUAUCAGAGCUUGUUUAGAACUUUACACAAAUGAAUUUAUGUUCUUUGUCUACGGAGGAUUGAUUACAACUGACAUUUUAUCUGAUAAAGCUUUAAUGUUUGAUUUUUUUUUUAAAUUUUCAAUGUAUUUAAUGUACAUAGACUUUUGCUUAAUUUUAAUGAAUUUAUGAAGGAAACGGUUAUUUAGUCAAAACAACAGAGAAUUUGUCUGUUUGGCUUUUUGAUAUUGUCUAAUUUCUGGGUCAAAUGUUUCUCAGCCUCACGCAUGGAUCAUGUAAAUACAAAGUUAGUAGAGGACAUUUUGUAUUUUUCUUUCACUCACUAAGAGUAGCAUAUAAAAUUGUACACACCAUAUUCAAUACUGUCAUUUCGAACAAUGGCAAUCAUUUUUUAAUUAAUCUAUCAAUACUUAAGCUUUAUUUGCAAAAGUUUGCCUUUUCAGCGCCAUGGAGAUUGAAAUGUUAUUUUUUUUUGUUUGUUUGUUUAAUUUUAAGUUUUACAAGGUGUACCUAAAAAACCCCACCAUUGCUAUGUCCUAUUCCUGAUUUCAAUAAAAGCAAA